UUGAUCAUCAUUUUUUUAAUAUAUAUUUUCAGGAGUGUUAUAACUUAUUUUGGUAAAAACAUUCCAACUUUAUUGACAUUAGAGUAGCAGUAUACACCUCCGUCCAGCAGGUGGCGGUCUCGGCUGUAGUGUUGUUUGAUCGAUGUCUUGGCGCUGCACGAAGAAGCGCGUUGCUAUUAGCUGCAGAAGCCACAAGCCGACAUCCUUGUUCAAAACAGCCAAACAAAAUAGAUAAGCUCUUUUUAUUAACUCUUUGAUUUGUUCUGUGUUCACAUAAGAUGUAGAAUGACUUUUAGUUAUAUGUCAGCAUCAUUUUAUGGAGCUUUCAGGCCGCUCCGGUUUGGAUAAAUGUGUUAAUGUAGAGGUGGGCGACUCUCUGGUGGACACAUUUAUUGUCUUCUACUUUAUUCUUCCGCAUGAAGCUCCACUCCAGCUAAAUCCACCUGUCGCAUCGAUCAGGCGAUUCCAUCAGAUCAUUUAGUUAAAGUUGCCGGCUGAUAUAACAGAAUCAGUGUUGGUUAGCCUCCGUGCUGCUGGUGGUCUCCUCCCCGCGAUGCUUCCUCCGCUCGUUUGAUGGGGCUGUCGAGGAUCACGAUGCCGCCCAAGAUCCAGCUCCUGGCGGUUCUGGCGUUCGGCGUGGCGAUGCUCCUGAUAGAGAACCAGAUCCAGAGGCUGGACGAGUCCAGAGCCAAACUGGAGCGGACCAUCGCCCGACACGAGGUGGCCGAAGUGGAGCUGCGUCACGGCGACGACGAUGGAAAGCGAGAGGCGGUCCUGGCUCAUGAAGACGACGCUGUCAUCAUCUACAACAGAGUUCCCAAGACAGCCAGCACCUCCUUCACCAACAUCGCCUACGACCUCUGCGGGAAGAACCGCUUCCACGUCCUGCACAUCAACACCUCCAAGAACAACCCGGUCAUGUCUUUACAGGACCAGGUGCGCUUUGUUCAGAACGUCAGUGCGUGGAGAGAAAUGAAGCCCGCCUUCUACCACGGCCACGUGGCUUAUCUGGACUUCUCAAAGUACGGCGUGACGCGUAAACCCAUGUACAUAAACGUGGUGCGUGACCCCAUCGAGCGCCUGGUGUCCUACUACUACUUCCUCCGCUUCGGAGACGACUACAGGCCGGGCCUCCGGCGGAGGAAGCAGGGAGAUAAGAAGACGUUUGACGAGUGUGUGUCGUCGGGGGGAUCCGACUGCGCUCCGGAGAAACUCUGGCUGCAGAUCCCCUUCUUCUGCGGUCACCACGCCGAGUGCUGGAACGUGGGCAGCAAGUGGGCCCUGGAGCAGGCCAAGUACAACCUGCUGAAUGAGUUUCUGCUGGUGGGAGUAACGGAGGAGCUGGAGGACUUCGUCAUGAUCCUGGAGGCGGCUCUGCCACGCUUCUUCAGAGGAGCCACGGAGCUCUACCGAACCGGUAAGAAGUCCCACCUGAGGAAGACCACGGAGAAGAAGCCGCCCACCAAAGAGACGACAGCCAAGCUGCAGCAGUCCGACAUCUGGAAGAUGGAGAACGACUUCUACGAGUUCGCCCUGGAGCAGUUCCAGUUUGUGCGAGCGCACGCCGUCCGGGAGAAGAACGGCGAGCUGUACGUGCUCGCCCAGAGCUUCUUCUACGAGAAGAUCUACCCCAAAGCAAACUGAAAGCGGAGAACCCGAUCUGCUGCAGGUUGGAGAGAAGAAUGACUUUUUAUCUUGUUCUCCAUUUUAGUCGCUGGUGAAGCUAACAAGAAAACUAAACCUGUACUGUGAAGAAUCGAGAAGACAGGAAGGAGGAGUGUUGUUCUCUUUCCAGAGAAAGACUUGUUAGAGUUCACCGACGACAGACGGUCUGCAGCAAACUCUAAGGACCAAAAGAGACUAACCGUAGCAUCCUCCGGUGCGUGACCUGUAUUUCUAUUGAAGUCUGGAUUCUGACAUGUUUUACAUGGAUCAGUGUUUCAUCCUGCGGAUCACCUUCUCCUCCAGGAAAGGACCCAUAAUGUGUGUCAACAGGGUUAUUCCACUGCACUGACAGUGCCUUGAUUCUAGUAGUUUCUACGCUGAUUUCACAGUCGCGUUUCUGUGUUUCCUCCUAAAUCUCUAUGGAGCUAAAUGGGGCCGAUAUUAUUUGAAACCCAAAUCAAACAACUUAAAAAAAAUAUUGCUGUUUGGCCAAAAAACAUUUCAAAAUGUCUGAAAAUUUUUGCCAUUCUGAAAUAAACAU